UGGUGGAUCUGAUACCCAUUGAACAGCCUUUGCAAACCAUUCUUCUGAAUGUCCUUCAGCUGAUCUCAAUAUUUGUACAUCAGUUCAUUCUGUGCUUUUAUUUUAGAAUUGUCAUUGCUGACUUCCAUUUUCUUUGAUGGGCCUGGUCCAUCAUCAACUGCAUCAGCUUUUUCUUUCCUUCAACAGUGCAAGACACACGUCUAUAAACAAGUAGAUCCUCUAACCUAACACCGCAAAAUUGAAAGCUCCACAUUCAAACACUGCAGUUAAAAACAUAAAUAAAACAGAAUAAAAUAAAAUAAAAAUACCACAGAUCGUACUUUCAAAUCAUAGAAAAACCAAACCAUGAAAUCUACCAUACUACUUUAACAACCUUAAACACCAAGUAUCACUUUAAAUUCACCAGUAUGACCUCUGAAACGUUGGGUAACAUCGGCCAGUCUACACAGCGCAACAACCCAGAAGAUAGAAAUCUUUAUAAAAAGGUGAAAGUCGCUCCGUUAGUCAAUAUAUAAAUGUGAGCAGGGGCUGUAAAAUUGAACCACUCACAUACAGGAGCAUCGUGCAAAGUGUGAAUAGGCAGGAGGAGGUUUUGAUCAAUGUUGGUUUUAAGAAUACGAUUUGCUUCUUAAUUCUUUUGAAUUGUGAUUUAACAAUGACGAACGAACAAUUGCGUUCUGCGAGAGGAAAUGCAUCUGAAUGAUCAAUAAAUGAGCAUAGCAGAGCGUGAACUCUUUUCGUUUCAGAUGGUUUUUAAGUGUGGCAGUUCUGCAAGGUGCAGUGUACGCCAUGGGCGGUUUCUAUGGUGGUCUGCGUCUCAGUACGGCGGAAAGAUACGACUGCGAGACGGACCAGUGGUCUUUGAUCGCUCCCAUGAACAAAAAGCGAACCUUUGCAAGUGCUGCUGUGCUGAAUGACAAAAUAUACGUCGCUGGUGGAGAUGAUGGUAACAAUUGUAUUAAUUAUCUAAACUCGGUGGAAGUUUAUGACCCGGACACCAACCGAUGGACGUUCGUUGCACCAAUGCUUUUUGAACGUGAGGAUUUUUCUUGCGUCGCGUUCCACGGCUGUCUGUACGCCCUGGGAGGAUGCAACGAGACAUCAAGCGACCUCAGUACCGAAAAGUAUGAUCCCGCAGAAGACAAGUGGACCGAGAUCCCUGGCAUGGUCAUCCCCUCGUAUUGUAGCAAAGUAGAAGUCAUCGACGAUAAAAUCUUGCAUGCAGUCUCCUACCAUCUGUUGACGGAGUUGGUACCAGGCGGCAGAGAGGAAAUUUUAUAGAUCCCGGAUGUCGACUUGUGUCGUCAAGAACCUCCCGAAUGCAAGCGACUACGCCUACAAACGCAGAGACAAAUUAAUGAAGGAGAAACGCAAAAUAAAUGUUAGAUUGGGAGAAUCAGUAGUUUGCAGUUAAUUACAACCACGAUGAACACAUUAAUUUUAAUUGAUUUCCUUAUGAAAAUAAUGUACAAAUUUGAAUUGAUGUAGGAGCUACAAAAAAUAAAAAGAGAAAUAUUGUUUGCA